CUAUGUAUGUUGGAUGGAAUGUUUGUAAUGUACCUGGCUUUAUGUAACGCCGGCCGUUGUCUUAUUUUAUAAGCACCCCGUGGAACCCUUUCUCUCUACGCGAAGCCGUCUCUGCUCCACGAUUCCUGCACCAUCCCGAGAUCUCUUCCCAUAUAUACCUAGUAUCUAUAAGGAUUGGAAUUGCAAAUUAAGACAAUAUGGGUCGCCUUCUCUCCCACACUACCCUUCUUGGACUUCUGGGGCUUGUCUCCGCAGGCUGCCCCUUUGCCGAUCCAAGUGCGCUUCGCGCUCGAGCUGAUGGUGAUACUGAUCCGGUGCUCGGCGCUAUGGUAGAUGAUAGCAAUGGCUUCUUCACCGACGACGUUGGCGGACAGAUCCAAGAACAAGAUAGCCUAAGAGCCGGCGAAAGAGGCCCAACUCUAUUAGAGGACUACAUCUUCCGCCAAAAGAUCACACAUUUCGACCAUGAACGGGUUCCCGAACGGGCAGUCCAUGCAAGAGGUGCUGGUGCCCAUGGUACAUUUACAAGUUAUGGUGAUUGGAGCAACCUAACAGCGGCCUCGUUCUUAGGCACUGCUGGCAAGGAAACCCCCGUCUUCGUACGGUUUUCCACUGUAGCAGGGUCUCGAGGAAGUGCGGACACGGCUCGCGAUGUUCAUGGGUUUGCUACGAGAUUUUAUACAGAUGAAGGCAACUUUGACAUUGUUGGGAACAACAUCCCAGUAUUCUUCAUCCAGGAUGCUAUUAGAUUUCCUGAUUUAAUUCAUUCAGUAAAACCAAGCCCCGACAGCGAAAUACCACAAGCCGCAACAGCUCAUGACUCAGCUUGGGAUUUCUUUUCCCAACAGCCGAGUACUCUCCACACUCUCUUCUGGGCUAUGGCAGGCUUCGGUAUCCCACGGAGCUUUAGACAUAUGGAUGGCUUUGGCGUCCACACGUUCCGUCUCGUCAAGGAUGACGGUACUUCCAAGCUCGUAAAGUGGCAUUGGAAGACAAAGCAAGGAAAGGCCAGUUUGUAUUGGGAAGAAGCUCAGAUCCUUGCUGGAAAGAAUGCUGAUGCCCAUCGACAAGACCUAUUUGAGGCGAUCGAGUCUGGCAAUGGCCCCGAGUGGGAGCUCGCCGUUCAAGUAGUUGAUGAGGAUCAAGCGCUCGCGUUCGGGUUUGACCUGUUCGAUCCCACUAAGAUUCUUCCUGAGGAAUACGCUCCCCUCCAAAAGCUAGGUGUCAUGAAGUUGCACACGAACCCGACAAAUUACUUUGCCGAAACAGAGCAGAUCAUGUUCCAGCCUGGACAUAUCGUUCGUGGUGUAGAUUUCACCGAAGAUCCUCUGCUACAAGGUCGUAUCUUCUCUUACCUGGACACCCAGAUUAAUCGACACGGAGGUCCCAACUUCGAGCAGCUGCCUAUCAACCGACCGGUCAUCCCAAUCCACAAUAACAAUCGCGAUGGCGCCGGUCAAAAUUUGAUACACAAGAACAUCCACGCAUACUCUCCUAACAGUCUGAAUGACGGCUAUCCGCAGCAAGCAAGUCAAAGCAGCGGCCGAGGGUUCUUCAGCGCCCCAAUCCGCAGUACUUCAGGCAGGCUUGUGCGCGGGUUAUCGUCUACAUUCGACGACCACUGGUCGCAGCCACGGCUAUUCUACAACUCACUCACGCCCGUAGAACAGCAAUUCCUCAUCAACGCCAUCCGCUUCGAAACCAGCCACUUAACCUCCACCACCGUGAAGCAAAACGUACUGACCCAAAUCAAUAAAAUCAGCAACGACAUCGCUGUCCGCGUCGCCACAGCCCUAGGUCUAGAAGCCCCGGCCCCGGACGACACGUAUUACCACGACAACACAACAAUCGGGAUAAGUAUCACGAACGUCACGCUUCCAUCAGUAGCGACGCUCAAAGUCGGCAUCCUAGCCAGCACUAGCAAAGCCAACGGCACGAACGCGCUCGACCAGGCAAAGACGCUGAAAACUAGACUCGCGAACGAGAACCUGACUUCCACAGUCGUGGCGGAAACCCUCGUCGACGGGGUAGAUAAAACGUACAGCGCAGCCGACGCAACCGACUUCGACGCCGUGAUCGUCGUCUCGGGUGCCGACUCCGCAGGCCUGUUCGCCCUCUCUGCCGCGAACCUCAGCCCUCUGUACCCGCCCCUCCGACCCCUGCAGAUCGCCACCACGGCGUACCUCUUCGGCAAGCCCGUUGCUUAUUUCGGCGCUGCGGCGCCGAGUGAUCCCCUCGUUGCCGGCGGCUUGGAUCCGAAGACUGAGGGUGUUUAUGCUAGCGCGGAUGUGGAGACCCUGGCAACGGGGUUGGUAGGGGGUUUGAAGACUUUUAAGUUUACGGGACGGUAUCCUGUUGAUAAGACGACGUGAUUGAGGUUGUGGAGGAGGGAGGGUAGUUACAUGUAGGUAAUGUCGGGAGAAUAAGGGAUUGAGGUCUAAAUAUUUGGAUU